UCGCGCCAAGAUUUCGAAGAUUUGUUUGAACGAUUCAAAAGCUUGCAAGGUAGUUGUCUGAAGGUUGCGGAAGACUAGCUGGUCGGAUGUUCUCGAGUUCUUGUAAUUACACGAAGUUAAGGACGAAUAUCAAACUUUCUAUUGAACGGCUUGAAUAUGUGCAAAAGAAGAAAACUGAAAUUUCAAAGAGAUUGCGUCGAGAAAUCGCAGACCUUAUAAAAGAUGGGAAGGUUGACAGAGCUCGCAUUAAAGUUGAACAAAUCAUUCGCGAUGACUACUGUGUAGAAGCAUUGGAUAUUAUACAGACGUAUCUUGAAGUGAUAAACGAACGAUUUGGGUUAAUUAGGGAUGCAAAGCUGCCAGAUGCAUCUCUUGAGACACCAAUCGCGACUGUCAUAUGGUCCACUUCACGCAUUAGUAGUGACAUUCCUGAGCUUAGUAUUGUCUGUCAGCAGCUAUCCAUCAAGUUUGGUGCGAAGUACAUUUGUGAAUGCCUCGAAAAGACAACAAUGGUCAACCGUACCGUAAUGGCAAAAUUGAAUUCUGUCGUUCCUGGGGCGAAUUUGGUUGAAAUGUAUUUGGUUGAAAUUGCGAAAAGCUAUGAUGUUGAUUUCACUCCUGACACACAUGUCAUUUGUGACGGCAAUGUGCCGCUCGAUGAUAACUUAAUCGAAUUCAAAUCUGAUGCUUGUGGGUUACCCAGUAUACCUUCCAACUUUGGAGCGUUCAGUAUGCCAUGGGCAACUCCUUCGACAUCCGAAAAACCUCCUUAUCCUACGGAUUUUAUCAACGAAACUAAGGCCCCAUCAGGCGUCCCAGCAAAUGAAACUGUGCCUUCAGAUUCAGCUAGUCAUGUGGUAUCUGUUGGAAACGUUCAAAUUUAGCAUAAACUAUAUUAGCUUUUUGUAUUUCUAUCUACUAGCCUGUAAAGCUCCAAAAAUAAUUAGUGGCUAAUGCUCCUCUACAUGAUUACCUACCUAUAUGUAUGUAUCGUACAGUGUCAAUUUGUUGUUUUAGCAACCAAUGGCGAUACAGUUAUGCCACCGCCAUAUGAUAUGUCUGUAUGCAAUGGUCAAAAUGCUGUUGUACCGUUUAAUUACCCUGGUCCUUCAUUUAUACCACCUCAAGAUGGUUUCACAAUGCUUCCUCCAGGUGGUUUCGCUUUGAUGCCACCUGUGAAUGGACCCAGUAACCCUCCCAGUAACCCCCCUUUGGACAAUGAAAAAGCAGAUUUUGAUGCUCUGGCAGAACGCUUUGAAAAACUCAAGAAAAAAUGAUGAAGUUUGUUUCUAUUCACAUUAUCAGUUAUUGAUAGAUUUUUCCUAACUUCACUAUUCAUUAUUAUUGAUCUCUGCUGUAUUUUUGAAAUAAACAUUAAUUUAAAAAAAAAGAUUCCAUGAUAUAUAAUUCGCUUUUUGUUUUCGUUAUCGAUAAUUCACACAUACAUAAUUAUUUCCAUUGAAAUACACUACUGUAAUCAAUUGUUGUACCAAGUCAGUUCGUUCUGCUUUCACUGUAUAUCAUUGUUUAUUCGAUUACCUUUGUUUAUGAUGAGUUGAAUCGGCGAUGUUCGUCUGCAAAUCUAUUUGGAUUGAUAUACUUUCAUGCUGAAGUGUAUACUGUUCUUGCUGAGGCAUAUGGAUAUUUGGGGAAGUAUUUCACUAGUUGUAAUAAUUCCGUCUAUAAUUAAAGAUUAUGGUUGUAAUCAGCAUACUCUGAAUAUCCUAAAUCGUAGUAGGAGUAAAAUCAAUAUUUAUGUAUAGUGAUGUAUAGGAUUGUAAAAUCAUUGUUUUGUGAACUCACUGUCUCAAUUAUACUAUGUUGAUUGAUUAUAAGUAAAUGUACAUGGA